AUGGACACCGUCAAGCACGCCGCCAGCGCCGUCGCCAGUGCCGUCACGCCUGGCUCCAAGCAGACGAUCCUGGUCACUGGUGGCUCAGGCUUCGUUGCCGCCCACGUGCUGAACUCUUUCCUCACGAGGGGAUACAACGUGCGGACCACCGUCCGCUCUGAGGCCACUGCGGACAAGGUCCGCAAGACUCACAGCAAGUACACCGAGUCUGGCCAAUUGACUUUUGCCAUUGUCAAGGACGUCGCGCAGGCGGGCGCCUUCGACGAGGCCGUCAAGGGCGUCGAUGGAGUCGUCCACACCGCAUCCCCCUUCCAGCUUGCGGUAGAGAACAACGUCAGGGAUCUGCUUGAUCCGGCCGUCAAGGGCACCACUGAGAUUCUCGAGGCGACCCACAAAUACAACCCCGGCGUCAAGCGUGUGGUCAUCACCUCCUCGUUCGCGUCCAUCAUCGACCCCUUCCAGGGUCUGCGCCCCGGCCACGUGUACACCGAAGCCGAUUGGAACCCGACCUCCUGGGAGGAUGCGGCCAGCACCCCCAACGGCGCCAUUGCGUAUCUGGCGUCCAAGGUUUACGCCGAGAAGGCGGCGUUCAAGUUCGUCGAGGAGAAGAAGCCCAACUUUUCCAUCGCCACCAUCUGCCCGCCGAUGAUCUACGGUCCCAACGCGCACCUGGUCGAGGAUUUCGCCAAGCUCAACACCUCGUCGGCCGAGAUCUACGGCUUCAUCAACGGCAGCAAGGCGGAGCCCGGUGACGCAGCCUUCCCAGCCUUCGCUGACGUCCGCGACGUCGCGGAGGCGCACGUCUUGGCGUACGAGAAGGAGGAGGCUGCCGGCCAGCGCUAUCUCAUUUCGACGGGCAACUACAGCAACCAGCAGUUCUGCGACGUCAUCCGCAAGCACUUUCCCGAGCUGAAGGAUCGCGUGCCCGAGGGCACCCCCGGCACGCCGCUUGGGGAGAUGUACAGCACCGAUAACAGCAAGGCUAAGCGCGAGCUGGGCCUCAAGUUCCACACCCUGGAGGAGACGGUGGUCGACAGCGUCAAGAACUUGCUGGAGCUCGAGAAGUCGAUUGCCAAGACGGCCUAA